AUGAAAUGUAAAUCGACUCAGGAAAUUUAUAUGCAGUGGACGAGGUCAAUAGGUUUACCUUAUACCGUCGAUACGGUGCCUGGUAUCGACGAAACCAAAAUCUUGUGGAUUGGCCCAAAGCGCUUGGAGAAGGUUCUAUUCUAUUGUCACGGCGGCGGCUACAUGAUAAGCGCCCUUGACGCGCAAUUUAACUUCUAUCGCUACCUUCAGCUUGAACUCGAAAAGCGCGGCAUUCAUGUUGGCGUAGCCAUGAUGACCUAUAAACUUCUGCCGGAGCAUCAAUUUCCCACCCAGUUACGCCAAGCUAGAGAUGCACUUGCCUUUCUUAUACAGGCAGGCGUGCACCCUCGCAAUAUUAUGUUUGCCGGAGAGUCCGCUGGAGCCAAUCUUGUCAUCCAAACAUUAUCCCAUAUUCUUCACUGUCUCCCAUCGGUACAGCCCCUUAAACUUACAACCGAUGAGGGUUUCCGAGGCGUGUUACUCAUCUCGCCCUGGGUUUCUAUGAAGGCCGACUCAGAAUUACCAUGGCCACUUCUACACGCCAAGCACAAAUACGACAUACUUUCCUCUCGUAUCAUACGCCUCAUAUGCAGGACGUUGAUGAAAGAUAUCCCAAGAACCGAUAUCAAUUUCGUAGAUCCUAUCGAGGCACCCAAAACCUGGUUCGAUGGCCUGGAUAAUUUGGUGGACCGGAUUCUCAUAACUUAUGGCGAACUAGAGGGUUUUGCGCCGGGUGUUCAGCUUCUAUACGAGAAGUAUCUAAAGCCAUGUCAUGAGGACGUCAAAGCUUUACAGCAGAGGGACGGCGUUCAUGGCGACCCGAUCCUGAAGUUUGUUUGGAAGCAAGAGGACCUAGGAGAAAUUGUACCGGCGAUCGUAGACUGGGUUGCGGAAUUAUUUAUGAACUAA